AUGGAUGCACGCCGAAGGAAGCGAGUCGCGUUUGCGUUGCGUCUGCAAACGGAGGGCGGGGUUGUGCACACAAAGCGUUGGGUAUAUCCGGCGGUGCAUGGCAGCUGGAGGCAGAGGUUCGGGGUGAAAAGCGGGGGCGGAAUCCGGACUGCAGGGGUGAGAAACGGGCGAAAUGCUAAUGAGCCUGUCGGCUGCGGGGGCGGUUCGAGUCGGGAAAUCCCGCCUCCGGUCGGCCGAUUGGCUGGCGUCUCGAUGGCGGCCGCCGCGGCACUCGGCGUCGCGACGCUCCGCGCCUCCCGGCGCCCUCCGGCGCCUCGCGGACUCCUCGCGGACGCGAGUAACUCCCCGAGGAUGGAGCAGCUCACCCAGUUUGUCUCGAAAAGCUUCGAUACCGAUACCGCUGCCGCGAGCGCGAACGGAACCGGAAACGCGAAUGGAGUAAAGGUGCAGCGGAACGCCGACCCGAACGGCUCCAGGGAUACGUCCUCGCUGCAGGAGAGACGCGGCUGCAGGCUCGACGUCUGCGACGCCGCGGCCGCUGCGAUUACCCUCAGCGUUGCCCAUCUCCUCGGCUCGACGGAAAGUGCGACCACCUGCAAUGGAGACGCGAGAUCCAGAGAGUCGUCGGAGGAGGUUUGCCACGGCGAGGCGGCCCCCGAGGACGAGCCACCGUCGCCUGACGGCAGACUGCAGCCGGAGGAUCUCUCCGUCGGGACGAAGCUAAGGGAGAAGCCGGAGAGCGCGAGAAGCGGCCCCCCGAAGACGCCGGAGCUGAAACUGUCCGUGAGGAAGCUCCUUGGCUGCAGCCCCUCGCCGCCGCCGCCGCCGCAAACUUCGCCCUUGCCCUCGCCCUCCUCGGUGACCUGCACUUCGGACCGCUGCCAGAGUCCAGACGUCACAAGCGGGCUCGAAGCCCCGAGAACCGAACAAGGACCGCCGCCCCUCAGACAGCAUCACGCUCGAUCUGGACAGGAUGAGUCUGCCAAGGGAGCUGUCUCGAGUCUCGUGCAAAGCAGACCUGGCAGCGUUGUUGGUUCAGGAGCAACAGUGAGCGCAGGGGGCGGAAAGCAGAGAAGAUCCAGGACGAAUUUCACCCUUGAACAGCUAGCGGAGCUCGAAAGACUCUUCGAUGAAACCCAUUACCCGGACGCGUUUAUGAGGGAGGAACUUAGCCAGCGGCUGGGGUUGAGCGAAGCUCGAGUCCAGGUCUGGUUCCAAAACCGACGCGCAAAGUGCCGCAAGCACGAGAGUCAGCUGCACAAAGGUGUCGGAGGCGGUCUCGUCCUGCCGCCCAGGAGCCCGCCAACGUCCUUGGAACCUUGCAGAGUUGCUCCGUACCUCCCAGCGUUGAGGCUGCAUCCUCCACCUCCGCCUGGGGUCGCGGCUUCGACGAACUCGGCCACGGGCUCGGCGUUCGACCCGGCUGUCCUCCACUACGCGGCAGCCGGGGGUCUCUUCUGUCUUCCACCCCCGCCGCCCCCGCCUCCGCACUCCCAUCACCAGCACCAUCACCAUCAGCACCAGCACCAACACCACGCGCCGCAUCCCCUGGGUCUGACGGCUUCUCUUGCCGCUGCCGCGGCCGCAGCGCGGUCAAAAAACAGCAGCAUCGCCGACCUCAGGCUCAAGGCGAGAAGGCACCAGGAAGCACUCGGGCUGGACAGGCCGGCGUAGGACUGUAGAAACCUCGUGUUGUAGGUUUAUCCUUUGCUCUGUCGGUAGUUUGUAAGCUAUACCUAUAGUGUAUGUAUAUUGUAUUAUCACUUCGGUUAGCCGUCGUUGGGGCUGUAAUGAAUUUUUGUAGACGUAUAGAUUAUACAUAAACUCGCGCGGGGAUGGCAAGGAAGGAAAAGGAAAGAGGAAAAGGUGUGUGAAAAAUUAUAGUCGUGUCAAUAUUUAGACAUCCGUAGUUUCAAGUGAUUCUCAUCAUUAAUUCAUUUCAAUGCUGAACUAUUGAUUAUAGUUCCUUCUUUCCUUUAUCGUAAGGGAUGGUGUAAAAAGCGAGGCUAAACUGUGUGCGACCCCUGAGAGAUAGCUGUAUAUUAUACAUACCAAAGAAGCAAAGAAAAGGAAAGUUUCGCUGGAUUAUAAUUUACUUUCGUUCACAAGUAUCAAUUGACUCGUUAUAGACAUCUUUAACAUUCUUACACGGCUGAUAAUUAGAAUUAUUAUAAGUAAGAAAGUAGCGAUACCGAUUAACGAUGGAAAUAUAACACACAUGCGCUGUAUAAGA